UAUUUUUGCACAGAUGCCACAGUUCCAAACAUCAACGGUCUGAGAAUAUAGGGGACUGUAAUCACAAUGAGGUAACGUGUUGCAUUCAUUUGUGCGGCCUCUUCUGUGACUUCUGCUGCUGGGAUUGCAACAGCAGAGCAGGAGAGCAGAAGAUCACGUCGGUGCCUUGCAACAGGCAGAGAACAAAUAGUCGCUGUCAUGCCUAUCUUAGCGCAUGACAGAUGGAAUGGCGCGCCGACAAGUUUGCAACGAGGCGGCUGACUACAAGCUGUGAUGACUGGGAUGAUAUCAUGUCUGAAGUACAGGGAACAUUGGAGUUUUCCGUAGAGUUGCACAAGUUUCAUAACGUGGAUCUUUUCCAGAGAGGGUUCUACCAGGUACGAACAGGGUUGAAGGUCUCCCCUCGGGUGCUCCACAGAUUAAUAGUGACAACGCAAGAUAAUGCAGCAGGCGAAUGCAGCUUCAGCUCCCCGGGGGUGUACGACGGCACCGUGUUCAGCCGCAUAUUUCAGAUCCUUUACCGGAAUGAGGAUAUCACCGUCAACGACAGCAUGCUCUUCAAAGUGCAUCUGCUGCUGGAUGGAGAGAGGCUGGGGGAGGCUCUCAGCGAGGUGGACUUCCAGCUGAAGCUGGAUCUUCACUUCACUGACAACGAGCAGCAGUUGGCCGACAUCGUCUCGGUCCCGUUGAUCAGCAGCCGCACCCUCAAUCUCCACUUCCACCCGCAGAGAGGCUUGCAUCAUCAUGUUCCCGUCAUGUUCGACUACUUCCACCUGUCCGUCAUUUCCGUCUCCGUCCACGCCUCACUGGUUGCCUUACAUCAGCCGCUGAUCAGCUUUGCUGACACAGGAAAGGGCUCCUGGCUGGGAAAAGGUUCACUGGAGAGCACCGGUGACCAAGCGGCCGUCUCUGUGGAAAACCUCGUCUUUGGAGCAGGGUACUGCAAGCCCGUCAUCUCGGAGGGGAGCUUUUAUGUGCCGAGCGAGGACUGCCUGCAAAGAGCGCACACUUGGCACAGAAGACUGUGUCGCCUCCUGCUGUCCGCCCGCGGUGGUCUUAGCCGCUACUGCGCCGCGCUGAUGAAAGAAGUCCCGCAGCUACAGCAGAUGCCGGUGGACGCGGAGGUCCUGCCCGUCGAAGAGAUUCUAAAUCAGCUCGCGAUAGAGUUACAGCUGCAGGAGGGCCGCGAGAAGGUGGCCGAGCAGAUCAGCAGGGACGUGGGCCACCUCUGCACGCAGCUGACCGCCCUCUGGCGUUGCUUCCUGGAGGCGGCCGCGCUCAACCCCCACGUCCUGUCCUACGUGGCUCAGGAGCACCACACUCUCAGGGUGAGGAGGUUUUCAGAGGCGUACUUUUUCACAGAGCACCCCAAAGAGACAUCGCUUCUAUUUCAAGAGGAUCUGAUCAGCAGACAGGGCCAGAUUGCAGCAGAAGUACGGUCUUCGGACUACUUGGCCAAAAUGCCUCCUUUACCCGUCGAGUGCCUGGACAUUGAUGGCGACUGGAACAGCCUUCCCAUCAUCUUUGAGGACCGAUAUGUGGAGUUUUCUGCAAAAGAGCGGGUAGCGCAUGCGCCGGUUCUUGCGACGUCCGACGAUCGGACCGACGCGGGGGCUGUCGUCGUGGCUCACCCAAGUGGUCCGAGGGCCAAAUGCUUUGAAGUAUCCCAGGAUGCUUCGGAUAGCGACGACUGCAUGGAUUUGACCACCUAUGUGUCGCUCAUCGGAAAGCGGAGCAACCGCAGACGUUCUCGGGACGCUCUUCCGAUGGAGGAAAGAGCAGAGCGACCGGCGGCGGAUCCGCAGGAAUCAAAGGACAUCUCAUCAGUCGAGGAAAGUUCAGGCCUGGGAAAAUCUGCGGAUCUUGUCGCUUGUCAAACAGAAGAAGCCCUCAGGAAUGGGAACGUGCAUCUUAUUCCGGAAGAUUGCAUCCAUCGUUUUGAUGCCUCAAAGGACAACAGUAGCCAAAAGAGUGACGACAACGACUUUGAGAUGUCUGUGCCAUUAACUCAGUUCGCGGAUUAUGAAAGUGAGGAUGCUCCAGUCGGCACCCCCGCGGUGUCCGCACAUUCUGUUUCAUCGUCCUCUCUCGGCGGUCUCCGAAAGGAGUUGCCCCCUCGAGGAGGUCCGGUCAUCUCGAAGAUGAUCAAGCGCUCAUCCUCGGUCAUUUCGGACUCGGGUAUCGAGAGCGAGCCCAGCUCUGUGGCGUGGCCUGUUGAAAUGGUCCUGCGGGCUAAACCCGCUUUGGACUUCUCCAGCGAACGGGAGAUCCCGCGGCAGAAAGUGUCUCGCCACCCGGUCCUUCGCGGCUCUUUGGAGGGCCUGCAGAUGGAGAGCAACGGUAGCAUUCCAAGCGGAGGUAUUCAGGCCUCCUUGACGUCCAUAAGUUCCCUGCCUUACGAGGACGAACGGGAGCAGAGCCACGGCGGCAAACUGACCAAAUCCAUGUCCGCACCGCAGAUCAGUAGCCCGGACGACAACGAGGAAGACCGCGCGCCUCUAAUUCAAGAGGCGCACGCCUCGAGUGGUUUAAUGCCACACCCACGUUCCGAUCAAGCCCAUUUUUCUUUGACCUCGGAGCGGUCGGAAUCCUCCAUUUUAGACACAAGUUCGAUGACAAACAACAGUACCGAAGGCACCGUCGGUUCUGAAACGUCGAAUCAUCGGCAAAACGUUAUUGAGAUCGACAAAUCCAGCUCGGCGCCAAGUUGCGAGUCUGUGGCGGGCCCUCAGGUUAAGGAGAGUCCUGUUACGGACUGCCAUGGCCAGUAUGUAAAUCAUCACAUCGGCGGGGUAAGUGCCUCUGUGGAGGAUGUGCAGCUCGCAGCUUUGGAAGCACUUCCCCGCAGGAGUGAGCACGAGCCAAGUGCUCAUAAAAGCGCAACGGACCGGCAGAGUGGCAUCAAUGUCGAUGAGAACCAAAGUCUCCACCAGACUGAAUUUCGUAACCAGGAGUCCAGAACACUUCCGCCAUCUUCGGAAGGCUGCGACCUCACGAGGGUGACAAGCCAUGAGAUCACCACACACGGUGACCACAACGGGACGUCAGCCAAUGAGAACGGAGUGGCAGGUGACCCGACGAAACCCUCCAAGGUGCCCAACUCGGGCUUGGCCUUCGUCAAUAAGAAAAUGGUGGAGGUGGUGAACAUGUCGGUGUCCUGCGCGCCCACCUGUCUGCCCUUCUCCUCUGCUCUAAGAGACUCUCCGUCCAUGAGCGGCAUGUCCGCCCGCCUGACGACCUCGCCCAUUACCAACCAGCCGCUGGGCUCGUUUGGCAUCAUCUCCUCAACGUUAGCCAACCCUUUUGGCGUGGACCAGGAGGUCAACGAACGCAUGCUGAGUUUCUUUAAAGCCAAAGAGGAGCUGUUUAAAGGCAUGAGCUUCCUGGGCGGCCUUUACAGCGACCUGCCCCUGCUGGCAUCUGACUUGCCCUACUUCCCGCCCGAGGAGGACGACGAGGAGUUUGACGACGGCAUACACCUCGUGGUGUGUGUGCACGGGCUGGAUGGAAACAGCGCAGACCUUCGCCUGGUGAAGACGUUCAUCGAGUUAGGCCUGCCAGGAUCCCGGCUGGACUUCCUCAUGUCUGAAAGAAACCAGGCUGACACGUUUGCUGAUUUUGACACCAUGACGGACAGAUUGCUGGAUGAGAUCAUUCAGCACAUCCAGUUGUACAAUCUCACCAUAGGCAGGAUCAGCUUCAUCGGACAUUCUCUGGGGAACGUCAUUAUCCGCUCGGUGCUGACGAGGCCUCGCUUCCGCUGCUAUCUGCCCAGACUGCACACGUUCCUCUCGCUGUCCGGCCCGCACUUGGGGACGCUGUACAACAACAGCGCGCUGGUCAGCACAGGUCUGUGGUUAAUGCAGAAGCUGAAGAAAUCGGGAUCCUUGCUGCAGCUCACCUUCAGAGACAACACGGAUCCGCGGAAAACCUUCCUUUAUCUCCUGAGUCAGAAACCCGGGCUGCAGUUCUUCAAGAAUGUGGUGCUGGUGGCGUCGCCCCAGGACCGUUACGUUCCUUUCCACUCUGCCCGAAUCGAGAUGUGCAAAACCGCUCUCAAAGACAAAACCACAGGCCCCGUCUACACGGAGAUGAUCAACAACCUGCUGCAGCCUCUCGUAGAGGCCAAAGACUGCCGGUUAAUCCGUCAGAACGUUUUCCACGCUCUGCCCAACACGGCCAACACGCUGAUCGGCCGAGCCGCCCACAUCGCCGUCCUGGACUCCGAACUUUUCCUCGAGAAGUUCUUCUUGGUGGCGGGACUUGACUACUUCAAAUGACGGUGCUUUGGUCUCUUUUUACCACCAACGUGUAUGAAUAUACUGGACUCUUCUGUGUAGAUAGCCUUGUCAGGAACUGUUUCAAGCGCUCACCCAGUGUGAGUGUGACUCGUAGCCAUGCCAAUUGUAACAUAAAUAUGGACCAUCUAUCCUGCAUAGAUGCUUGCCUUAUCACUAACCUCUCAGCCGCAACACUUCACACGUGCUAACUGUUUCUUCUUGUCGGAGGAAUUUGACGGGCGCGGACCGAUUCGUCGCCAUCCGAGUAGCCUUCGUGAAGUACGCGCGCACAAUGUGUCGG